CGUCACACCGUUCGACGUUCCCUCUGGAAUUUCACGUAUGGACGUGAAGUCCGUCUUUGUUAUGGUACCGUAUACAGUUUUGGGUGUUUCAUGUUUAAUUUUAUGAAAGCUUCGAGUGCAGGUAAUUAUUUGUCAUGCUGUACGUGCAAAUGGACGACUGCUUGAAGCCGUGGGCGGCGAUGCGGGAAUAUUCCUAAAACAGGAAUACUCCACAUGUCUUAAUUCCAUUUGUCUUUACAUCGAGUAUGACUUUAAUCGGAUUAAGGUCAUCACUAAUCUCUGUGUACAUGCUAGUUUGUUAAUCAGAGUAUCGUCUUAAUCGGGUUAAUAUCGGAUUAUUGCUGUCCAUGUAAACGUACCGAAUGACGGUGCUGUGUUGCAGCCUGACAUGAACUAGAGUUUUAUCCUGAAGUGUGUUUUUUUUUCUUUUUUUUCUUUUUCUUUUUCUUUUCUCUUGCAUACCACAACAUUUCAAAGAUGUGUUUUAUUUUCUUACAUUUUAUACAGGAACGACACAUCGUACUUUAUGACGAUUAUUGUUGUGUCAUGUCUGCCAAACGAGUUACUUCCUGUUAUCAUUUAUAUUAGAAAAGCUAUAACCAGUUUCUUUUGUUUCCUCUCUCUCUCUUUCUCCCGAAGCUAAUAAAAACGAGGUUGUCAUGUUGCUGAAAAUCGCAACGUUAAAUCAUUUUAGUGAAAACCGUAACUGGUUCGAUGUUAAACACCUUUGUUUUAGAUAUAUCCGAAUCUAAAUUUGAAAUUAAAAUCAUCUUCUGUUCAUGACAAAAAUAAAUACAAUAUAUUGCACCUACUUUUUUGUGUAGAGUCUGUUUUUGGCACUUCAUGUCGUUUACUCAGACACUUUAAGCUUCUGUUUAUUUAAAGCAGAAUGACGGGAGACGGGGCCGUACCUGUGCGUGUCCCUCCCCUCGACAUGAACACACCUGUACACCUGAUUACAAUGUUUUAGCUCAGUAGCCGAGUAACUUGUGAAAGAAGCAGAGAAGGAGACGUUAUUCAACACACACCCAAACAUCCAGGGAAUGGCUUCGACCUUUAGCCUCCUGUCGAAGAAGCACUUCCUGUGUUCGCUGUGUGAGGACAUCUUCAGCAAUCCGGUCACCACGCCGUGUGGCCACAGCUUCUGUAAAGUGUGUCUGCACAAAUACUGGAGCCGGUCCCGCACGAGAAAAUGUCCUCUCUGCAGAAAGUCCUUCGUCUCCAAACCUCACCUCAACGUGAACCGUAUACUGGCGGACGUCACGGAGCAUUACAGGAAAUCACGGCUGGACGGAAAAACGAAAUCCGUCAGCGUGGGCGGUCUGUUGAAUGUUGCUGUAGAGAAAACCGAUGCAGAGGUGGAGCACAUGAUCCAAGAGAGGAUUCAGAAAAUGGAUAAACUCAAGCAGUCGCUUAAACUCCUAAACAGCUCGUGUCUGCGGGAGGUGCAGGAGAGUCAUAGGGUGUUCUCUGCCCUCCUCAGCUCCGUGGAGGCGGCCCACAAAGCAGUGGUGGCGGAGGUUGAGGAGAAACGGCAGGAGGCGGAGAAACGAGUGGACCGACUCGUGAAGGAGCUGGAGAAAGAGAUUGCUGAUCUGAAAAGUGGACAGACCACACCAGAGGAUCUUCUAGAUGGCAAGGAGUAUCUUAGAAAGAGUUUCAUUCAUUUACCCAGAGAGAUGAAGGACUGGUCAAAGGUCACACUAGAGACCGACCCGUGUGUGGGGUUCACCAGGAAAGCUGUGAGCGAUUUCAUCGACGCUGUCAGGACGGAGGCUAACAAACUCUCUAAAGCAGAGCUGAAGAGGCUGCAGAUAUACACAGUGGAGCUCAGACUGAACCAUCGCACGGCUCACGCCAACCUCUCCAUCUCGGACGACAGGAAGCAGGUCAGACACACUGGCAAGCAGCAGGAGGUCCCUGAAAAUCCCAAAAGGUUUGACCGUGUGACCAACGUGAUGUCCAAGGAAGCCCUCCUCUCAGGUAGACAUUACUGGGAAGUGGAAGUAGGAGACAAGACAGACUGGGACCUCGGCUUGGCCAGGCACUCUGUUAACAGGAAGGGGAAAUUUACCGUCAGCCCUGCAAACGGCUUCUGGACGCUCAGCCUGAGGAGCGGAAAUCAGUACACGGCCAACACUCUGCCACUGACCUGUCUGCCACUCAACUCCAAACCCAGAAAGGUGGGCGUUUAUCUGGACUACGAGGAGGGGCGUGUGUCCUUCUUCUGUCCUGAGUCAGGGAUUCAUAUCUACACGUUUACAGACAAGUUUACUGAAAGGCUUCAUCCCAUUUUUAAUCCCGGAAAACCGCAUGGAAGCAAAAACGCUGCGCCGCUCAUCAUCGUCACCAACUGCUGCACUAUCUAAACCGGCCUUCGUUUUUUGCGUUUAGAAGAUUACAGUUAAAUCUCUAACGAGCUCGGCCGAAACAAAAGACACACUCUAUUUAAUUUAUUUUAUUAUAGUGUGUACAUAAAUGUUUGUACUUUGAUUAUAUUACUGGUAUUUUCCUAAAUAAAUACAUACAUGCUAUGCUGUAACAGACCCAUAUGAUCUUGUUUACUCAGUAUGGACAGUUCUGGAUUCUCAGGUCAUAAGGUUUUUGAUUCAUUUUCUAUAACAGCAGAUUUCAUUUUAGUAAAAAAAAAAAAAAGAAAAGAAAAGAAAAGGAGGGAGAUUCCUUCUUAAUCCUCUCUGUGUAUACAAAUGCACAUACAGGUCCAGCAACAAAAGGCUGGAAAAGUAAGUGUUACUGAAAAGAAACAGCUGGAGGAACAUUCUGCAACUAAUUGAGUUAAUUGGCAACAGGUCAGUAACAUGAUUGGGUAUAAAAAGAGGAUCUUAGAGAGGCAGAGUCUCUCAGAAGUAAAGAUGGGAUGGAAUCUGGACGGAAGCGCAUACCUUUCAGCAUUGAUGGUGCCUUUCCAGAUGUGUAAGCUGCACAUUCCAUAGGCACUGAUGCACCCCAUACCAUCAGAGACGCAGGCUUUUGAACUGAGCGCUGAUUAAAAGCCGGAUGGUCCAUCUCCUCUUUAGUCCUCUUUAGUUUAGAGGAUGUGGCGUCUGUGGUUUCCAAAAAGAAUUUCAAAUUGCGAUUCGUCUGACCACAAAACAGUUUUCCACUUUGCCUCGGUCCAUUUUAAUUGAGCUUUGGCCCAGAGAAGACGGCGGUGUUUCUGGAUCAUGUUCCCAUAUGGCUUCUUCUUUGCAUGAUCGAGCUGUAACCAGUGUUUGUGGAUGGCAUGGUGAACUGUUUUCACAGAUAAUGAGUUCUGGAGGUGUUUCUGAGCCAAUGCAGUGAUUUCCAUUACAUAAUCGUGCCUGUUUUUAAUGCAGUCCUGCCUGAAGGCCCGAAGAUUACAGGCAUGCAAUAUUGAUUUUCACCCUUGUCCCUUGCGCUCCGAGAUUUC